GGCCGGGGCUGCGGCGGCGGCUGCUGCGGCGGUGGCGGCUCCGGCUCCGGGUCCUGUGGCAUCUCCCAGAACGUGGGGGACCGGGCUGGGGGGUGUCUCCCCUCUGCUCUCCCCAAUGGGCUCUCCCCGCCCGCCCCGAAUGCCCCCUAGGACUCGGCAGGAAUAAGGACAAGCUUCAUUUGUCCAUCCUUUGCCUGCCCACCGUGCCUUGGGUCUGUCCCCAUGUGUCCACCCUCCCAUCUGGCCAUUCUUUAUCUCCAUUUUCCAGUUAGGCCAUUCCUUUUCCUUGUCCAUUUUUUAUCUUUAUAACAUUCCUUUGGUCUGUCUUUAUAUCCAGCCUCCUUCCUAUCCCCCAGCCAGCCAACUCUUAUCUUCAUUUCCUUCUAUUUAACCCUUCUCCCAGCUGUUGGCACUUUCUGUGUCUCCCUCCAUAUCCAACUCUGAUCUGUAUUCCCAUGUAACCAUGUCCAUUCCCCUCUCCUCUCACCCAAUCCUAGCCUUUAUCUCUGUUUCCCAAUCUGGCCUUUUUCUGUUCCUUCAUUCAUCAUUUCUCGAUGUCCCCAUCUAUCUGGCCUCCUCCUGGCCUGCCAUCUGUCUAAACUUUCUCUCUGUCAUCUUCCUUCCUGUUUAUGCCAUAUCUCAGUCUCUCUGUCCAUUCCCCUGCUCCUGUUCUUCUAUCCAUCCAUUCCUUAUUUCUCUCCCCUUAUUCUUUUUCUAUUGCUAUCCAUUCCAGUCUCCUAUAUCCCUAUCCAAUAAAGCUUUAUGUGUUUGCCCUAAGUGUCCCCACUUUUUCCCAGGCUCUCCUCAUUUCUAGUCCUUUACCUCUUAGCUUGUCCCCAGCUGUCCCACUAUCUGGUCAUCUCUUGGCUCUGUCACCAAGCAUAUUCUUUCUUCUAUCCCCCCUAGCUCUGUCCCUAGCCCCUUAUUCCUGACUCUCUGUCUCUGUGUCUCUGUGUCUUUAUCUCUGUCUCUGUCUCUGCCUCUGUUUCUCUCUCUGUCUCUGUCUCUUUCUGUCUCUGUAUGUCUCUCUGUCUGUCUCUGUCUCUCUCCCUCUUUCUCUCCUUUCUCCAGGACAGGACACCCAGCAGCCAUGUCAGGGGACUAUGAGGAUGACCUUUGUCGCCGGGCUCUCACCUUAGUCUCUGACCUAUGCUCCCGGCUCCAGGAUGCUGAUGAAAAAUGCCAGGAGUUUUGGCGGAUCCGAGGCUACCCCCGGCCUUCAGAUGCAGACAUCUCUGUGAGCCUGCUCUCAGUGAUCGUGACCUUCUGCGGCAUUGUCCUGCUGGGUGUUUCGCUCUUCGUGUCAUGGAAGCUGUGCUGGGUGCCCUGGCGGGACAAGGGGGGCUCAGCCCCUGGGGGGGGACCCCUUCGCAAGGACCCUGGGGCCGGACUGGCGGGGCUGGUGGCUGGUGGAGCCGGUCACCACCUGGGACCUGGCCUGGGUGGCCCACAUCAUCUCCUGGGUGGGCCCCACCACCAUCCAGCCUUCUCUGAGCUCCUUGAGCCUGGAGGGGGGGGUGGCCUUGACCCUCCAGAACCAUCCUACCUGGACAUGGACUCUUACCCAGAUGCUGCCGCAGCUGCUGCCGCAGUGGCAGCUGGGGUCAAGCCCAGCCAGACGUCCCCGGAGCUGCCCACCGAGGGCAGUGCUGGCACUGGUGGGGGGCUCCUCCUGGUGCCCCCUGGGGGGGGUGGGCUGCCCAGUGCCCAGUCCCACCAGCAGGUCACCAGCCUGGCCCCUCCAACAAGGUACCCAGCUCUUCCCCGGCCCCUCACUCAGCAGCCCCUGACCCCCCAGCCCCCAGCCCCGAGCCUGACUGAGCCUGAGGAUAGACCCCCAGCCCCAGCCCUGCCUCUCCCCCUGCCUGCAGGCGAGGAGAAGGCAAGGCUUCUUGGGCAGAUCCAGCCUGAGCUCUACCAGGGGGCAGGGGCCGGGGCCGGGGCCGGGGGCCGGCGGGCAGGGGCCGGGCCAGGUGGGGGGCCAGGGGCCGGACGCUUCAGUUUCGCCCUUCGUUACCUCUAUGGCUCCGACCAGCUGGUCGUGCGGGUUCUCCAAGCCCUUGACCUACCAGCCAAAGACUCCAAUGGCUUCUCCGACCCCUAUGUCAAGAUCUACCUGCUGCCGGACCGCAAGAAAAAAUUUCAGACCAAGGUGCACAGGAAGACUCUGAACCCUGUGUUCAACGAGACCUUCCAGUUUUCCGUGCCGCUGGCAGAGCUAGCCCAGAGGAAGCUACACUUUAGCAUCUAUGACUUUGACCGAUUCUCGAGACACGACCUUAUCGGCCAAGUGGUGCUGGACAACCUUCUAGAGCUGGCAGAGCAGCCCCCCGACCGCCCCCUCUGGAGAGACAUCAUCGAAGGCGGCUCGGAGAAGGCUGACCUCGGGGAGCUGAAUUUCUCCCUGUGCUACCUCCCCACGGCCGGGCGCCUGACCGUGACCAUCAUCAAAGCCUCCAACCUCAAAGCUAUGGACCUCACAGGCUUCUCAGAUCCCUACGUGAAGGCCUCCCUGAUCUCUGAGGGGCGGCGGCUAAAGAAACGCAAGACCUCCAUUAAGAAGAACACACUGAACCCCACGUACAACGAGGCCUUGGUGUUUGACGUAACCCCUGAAAGUGUGGAGGCUGUGGGGCUAAGCAUUGCCGUGGUGGACUACGACUGCAUUGGUCACAAUGAGGUCAUUGGUGUGUGCCGAGUGGGAGCAGAUGCGGCUGACGCCCACGGCCGAGAGCACUGGGCAGAGAUGUUGGCCAACCCCCGAAAGCCUGUAGAAUACUGGCAUCAGCUGGUGGAGGAGAAGACCCUCACCAGCUUCACCAAGGGUACCAAGGGGCUGAGUGAGAGAGAAAGCUCAGAGUGAUGGGUCUGACCCUCUAGGCUCUCAUGCCCCCACAGAGAAUUCAUCUCCUCAAAGCCAUAUGGACUAGCCGUCCAAUGCUGGGGAGGGAGGGAGGCUCCAGGCUGCUCACCCCAUCCCUCCCCCCUCCCUCCCAGGGACUUGGGGCUCAGAGGAGGUCAAGACCUGCUGGUCUGUCCCAUGUAUGGGGGGAACCUGGCCCCCGACCCCACUGUGUCUGUCCUCUCCGUCCUCGGGCUCCCCUCUCGGGAAGGGGCUGUGCAUGUCGAGGGUCCCUGGGGGACCCCUACCCCUCUGUCUGACCCCCCACACUCAGUAUUCGUCCGGGAUCCGUCGUCACCUCCCUCCCCUGCGUACUGCUGUGAACGGCCAUCAUGGGCUUCCCCUCCCGGUAUCUGCCCCCUGUGUCCCAGGCUGACCCUCUCCAUGCCCGGCCUGUGUGAAUGUCUCCACCCGCCCUUGCAGGCAGGCCUGGGAAUGUCCGGCUGGCUGCCUUGUGCACAGUUCCUCCUGUGUCCUGUUCUGUGUCUCUGGCCUCCCUCACUGCUGCUGCUAACACCAGAAUAAACACACACCGUGGGU